UCAGUACGUUGUACGUACACCGGAAGUGUUGUGGACCAUGCUGUGCAGUGACCUUCUUGCUUUCAUGUGAGGAGAGGGAGCUGAGCUCAGGAUGAUGCUGAGGGGUGUCCUCAGCUACAGCAGGGGUGCUGGGGUCAGGCUCCUGUCUUCCUUUUCCUCCGAGUCUCUCCUUCCACCCAACCUCAUCCUCCCUGCGGGACUGAAAGACGGACCCACUAAAAUCCACCGGCCUCCUGUGGAUCUCUCUCGGCCCGUGGUGAGAACAUGUCAGGUCCCGGUGCCGUCCCACCUGUCCACCAAACCCGUCUGGUUGGAGUCUCUGAGGGACCAGGAGCAGGAACUGGAGGGAGUGGUCCAACUUCACCCCGACGUGUUCGAGGUCCCCCCCAGGAUUGACGUCCUGCACCAAGUUGUCACCUGGCAGAGAAACUUUAAGAGGAUUAGUCACGCCAAGACGAAGACCCGAGCGGAGGUCAGAGGAGGAGGCCGGAAGCCCUGGAAUCAGAAGGGAAGCGGACGAGCUCGGCAGGGAAGCAUCAGGUCGCCUGUGUGGAAAGGAGGUGGCGUAGCGCACGGUCCCCGGGGCCCCACCAGCUAUUAUUACAUGCUGCCCAUGAAGCUGCGAGUCCUGGGACUGAAGACGGCUUUGACUGUAAAACUCGCUCAGAACGACCUCCACAUCAUCGAUACCUCCGACAUCCCCACCCCCGACCCUCAGUACCUCCUGGACCUCUUCACCCAGCGACACUGGGGGGAAUCCGUGCUCAUU